AUGGACUCAGGUCCUUGGCCGGAAAUUCAGAAGGAAGGGAAGUGCCGCGGUAGCCACUCCCCCGGCCGCAACGAAGGCGGCUGGGAGAGCUUCGACGGGGAGGACCCAGAAGAGCGGGCCUCUUCGCGUAGCGCCUCCUCCGCAACGGCGACGGUGACGAUCACCGUUCCGAAGGGGAGCAGCGCGACAUACGAGGAGGCCGUGCGCGUGACUCGCCGGGGCAUUGACCUGGCGGCGCUAGGUAUUGAGGCCCUCUCGUGGAAGACGGCUGUGACCGGGGGCCUGAUCACUAAGAUUCCUGGUGCUGAGAGUGCCGCCAGGGCCGAUGCCCUUGUGAACCAAAUGAAGACGGUGCUGGGGGGGAUGAACGUGAUGGUGUCCAGACCCGUCAAGAAAGCGGAAUUCCGCCUGACGGGACUGGACAUCUCCGGCACCCCCCAGGAGGUAGCGCUGGCGGUGGCAGCCAUCGGGAAAUGUUUCCCGGAUUCCGCCAACCUUAACAACUGCCGCCGGGCGCGGGAUCUUUUCGUCCAAUGCCUGGCGGAGUGGCAGGUUGGCCUAGCGGUGGCCGCGGAGCCCUAUCGAGUCCCUGAACAUCCACACUGGUUCGGGGACGAGGCGGGCUCCGUGGCGAUGUGUGGCUCCGCCGAAUUCGAGAGGUAUUUGGACCGGCUGGGUGGUAUGAUGGCCCCGCAUUUAGCUGGUCUGGUGCUGGUUCUGGGCGAUCUCUACGCCCGAUCUACGGAUUGGGGGAACCUCAGAACCGGACCUCGCGGCGGAGCCCUAGAAUCUUUGCUGGAGGGGCACGGACUACUGGUGUUGAACCGGGGGUCCGUCCCAACAUGCGUGAGGUGGAACGGGUGGUCAAUCGUGGAUAUAAUGUUGGCCACCCCGGCCGCAUCGCGCCGGGUGUCUAAUUGGCGGGUGUGGGGAGGGGAAAACCUCUCCGAUCACUGCUAUAUCCUGAUGAAUGUGGCGGUGGUCUCAGAACCGCCAUUGGACACGCCCCUCCGUAGUGGCACCCGUCCAGCGCCCAGAUGGGCGCUGAAACGACUCGACAAGGACCUAUUGAGGCUCGUUAUUAUCGGUACUGCCUGGCCAAGGGCCACGGAGUGCGGAGCGGAAGAGGGGGCCGAAUGGAUCCGGAGCACGUUGCAAAUGAUUUGCGAUGUGGCGAUGCCCCGGAUUCGGGAUCGUCCCCAGAAAAGAAGUGUGUACUGGUAG